UGGCCUGCCCCGGGAGAGCAGCGCCCUGGGCCACCGUCACAACUCGUUAACGUGGAGGGCUGGGAGAGAAAUGCUGAAUUCACUAGUCCGCAAAAAAUAGCGUAUGGAUUUUUAGCACCCGAAGAACAAGAAAAGGAGGUGCAGUAAGGCGAUUCUGAAGAAUUAUGUUGCACUUGGAUUUCUUUUGAAGCUGAAACAGGAUUAAAAAGGUCUCAGAUUCUGGAUACUGGCUGUGGGUUUUUUAUUCUUAUUUUUAUUUUUUGGUUGGCUUUUUUCUCCCCCCUCCCUCUUUUCGGAUGUGAAUUGAAGACCAAGAGUUGAAGCAUUGGAAGCAAGUGCAGGUGGAGGCUCGCAUCGUUUUGUUUGAACCCGUGUUUGCUGGGAUACUUUCAAGCCCUCCUUCACAGUCAUGUGGUCAUCACAGCUGCUGUUCUUCACCAUGCUCUUAACACCGUUAGCCUGUGCUUUCAGCCGAGCCCCGGUGCCCAUGGCCGUGGUCCGACGGGAGCUGUCCUGCGAGAGCUACCCCAUAGAGCUUCGCUGCCCGGGGACGGACGUCAUCAUGAUCGAAAGUGCCAACUACGGGAGGACUGACGACAAAAUCUGCGACUCCGAUCCUGCUCAGAUGGAGAAUAUCCGCUGCUACCUGCCAGAUGCCUAUAAGAUUAUGACUCAAAGAUGCAGUAAUCGGACCCAGUGCGCCGUCGUCGCGGGCCCAGACGUGUUCCCAGACCCUUGCCCGGGGACGUACAAGUAUCUGGAAGUGCAGUACGAAUGUGUCCCUUACAUUUUUCUUUGUCCCGGCCUGCUAAAAGGAGUAUACCAGAGCGAACAUUUGUUUGAGUCGGACCACCAGUCCGGGGCCUGGUGCAAGGACCCUCUGCAGGCGUCCGACAAGAUCUACUACAUGCCCUGGACGCCGUACCGCACGGACACGCUGACGGAGUACUCCUCCAAGGACGACUUCAUCGCCGGCAGGCCCACCACCACCUACAAGCUGCCGCACCGGGUGGACGGCACGGGCUUCGUGGUGUACGACGGGGCCUUGUUCUUCAACAAGGAGCGCACCAGGAACAUCGUCAAGUUUGACUUGCGGACCAGGAUCAAAAGCGGGGAGGCCAUCAUCGCCAACGCAAAUUACCACGACACCUCUCCCUACCGCUGGGGUGGCAAGUCCGACAUCGACCUGGCCGUGGACGAGAACGGGCUGUGGGUAAUCUAUGCAACCGAACAAAACAACGGCAAAAUAGUCAUUAGCCAGCUGAACCCUUACACCCUGAGGAUCGAAGGGACGUGGGAUACCGCCUACGACAAGAGGUCAGCCUCCAACGCCUUCAUGAUCUGUGGGAUUUUGUACGUGGUGAAGUCGGUGUAUGAGGAUGACGACAACGAAGCCACGGGGAAUAAAAUAGACUACAUAUAUAACACUGACCAAAGCAAGGAUAGCAUGGUGGACGUGCCCUUUCCCAACUCCUAUCAGUACAUCGCUGCUGUGGAUUACAAUCCCCGGGACAACCUCCUCUACGUGUGGAACAACUACCACGUGGUGAAGUAUUCCUUGGAUUUCGGACCGCUGGACAGCAGAGCAGGGCAGGCUCACCAUGGGCAAGUUUCCUAUAUUGCCCCACCAAUCCACCUCGAUUCGGACCUGGAGAGACCGUCGUCCAAGGGAGCAUCGCCAUCAGGAGCACUGGGCCUGGGGAGCACCCCCAGCAGCACCACGGCGCGGGCGGCCACCAGCACUACCAGCCGGCCCACCACCGCCUCGGCUGCAGGCAGGAGGAACAGGAGCACCAGCACACCAUUGCCCGUGGCCGACGUCCCCAACGAGGUGACCACGCACCCGCCGCCAGCCUCCUCCCAGCUCCCACCAGCCGGGGCCGAGAGCUGCGACCCUGUGGAAGCCCGUGAUGUUAUGUGGUCCCGGACCCGGCAGGGCCAGGUGGCCAAGCAGCCUUGUCCCAUGGGCUCCAUCGGUGUCGCAACUUUCCGGUGCCUCGCGCCCGACGGGAUCUGGGACCCCCAAGGACCAGACCUCAGCAACUGCUCUUCGCCCUGGAUCAACCACAUCACGCAGAAGAUGAGGUCGGGGGAGAUGGCCGCCAACAUUGCCAGGGAGCUUGCAGAGCACACGAAAAACCACUUGUACGCCGGGGACAUCACCUACUCGGUGUCUGCCAUGGUCCAGCUGGUGAACCUGCUCGACGUGCAGCUCCGCAACCUGACGCCCGGCGGGAAAGACAGCGCCGCACGCAGCUUAAAUAAGCUUCAGAAAAGGGAGCGCUCUUGCAGGGCCUAUGUCCAGGCCAUGGUGGAGACGGUGAAUAACCUCCUGCAGCCCCAGGCUCUGAAUGCGUGGCGGGACCUGAACGCCAGCGAGCAGCAGCGUGCGGCGACCAAGCUGCUUGACACCGUGGAGGACAGCGCCUUUGUGCUGGCUGAUAACCUGCUGAAGACGGACAUCGUCCGGGAAAACACUGACAACAUCCAGCUGGAAGUUGCAAGGCUGAGCACAGAUGGGAAUCUGGAGGAUCUGAAAUUUCCGCAGAACCUGGGCCACGGGAGCGCCAUUCAGCUGUCGGCAAAUACCUUGAAACAAAAUGGUCGAAACGGUGAGAUCAGGGUGGCUUUUGUGCUGUACAACAACCUGGGCACCUAUCUCUCCACGGAGAAUGCCAGCAUGAAGUUGGGAACGGAGGCUAUGUCGACGAAUCACUCUGUCAUCGUCAACUCCCCUGUCAUUACGGCAGCAAUAAACAAAGAGUUCAGCAAUAAGGUUUACCUGGCUGAUCCCGUGGUAUUUACUGUCAAGCACAUCAAGCAGUCAGAAGAAAAUUUCAAUCCAAACUGUUCCUUCUGGAGCUACACAAAGCGUACAAUGACAGGGUACUGGUCCACCCAAGGAUGUCGCCUCCUGACAACUAACAAGACGCACACCACGUGCUCCUGCAAUCACCUAACCAACUUUGCGGUCCUCAUGGCGCAUGUGGAAGUUAAGCACAGCGACGCAGUCCAUGACCUGCUGCUGGACUUCAUCACGUGGGUUGGCAUCCUGCUUUCGCUCGUCUGCCUCCUGAUCUGCAUCUUCACCUUCUGCUUCUUCCGCGGACUCCAGAGCGACCGCAACACGAUUCACAAGAACUUGUGCAUCAGCCUCUUUGUGGCGGAGCUCCUCUUCCUCAUCGGCAUCAACCGGACUGACCAGCCGAUUGCCUGUGCCGUAUUCGCCGCCCUCCUGCACUUCUUCUUCCUGGCGGCCUUCACGUGGAUGUUCCUGGAGGGGGUGCAGCUCUACAUCAUGCUGGUGGAGGUGUUCGAGAGCGAGCACUCCCGCAGGAAAUACUUCUACUUGGUCGGCUACGGCAUGCCAGCGCUCAUCGUGGCCGUCUCGGCGGCGGUGGACUACCGGAGCUACGGCACAGAUAAAGUGUGUUGGCUCCGGCUGGACACCUACUUCAUUUGGAGCUUUAUAGGACCGGCGACCUUGAUCAUUAUGCUGAAUGUAAUCUUCCUUGGGAUCGCGCUCUAUAAAAUGUUUCAUCACACUGCCAUACUGAAACCUGAAUCCGGAUGUCUUGACAAUAUCAACUAUGAGGAUAACAGACCCUUCAUCAAGUCCUGGGUUAUAGGUGCAAUAGCCCUACUCUGCCUACUAGGACUGACCUGGGCCUUUGGACUCAUGUACAUUAACGAAAGCACAGUCAUCAUGGCCUAUCUCUUCACCAUAUUCAAUUCUCUGCAGGGAAUGUUUAUAUUCAUUUUCCAUUGUGUCCUCCAGAAAAAGGUCCGUAAGGAGUAUGGGAAAUGCUUGCGCACGCAUUGCUGUAGCGGGAAAAGUACAGAGAGCUCCAUCGGCUCAGGAAAAACCUCGGGGUCGCGGACGCCUGGAAGAUACUCCACAGGCUCACAGAGCCGGAUUCGUAGGAUGUGGAAUGACACAGUUCGAAAGCAGUCCGAGUCUUCCUUUAUUACUGGAGAUAUAAACAGUUCAGCUUCACUCAACAGAGGAGCCAUGGCUAAUCAUCUUAUAACCAAUGCUCUGCUUCGUCCUCAUGGCACUAACAACCCUUAUAAUACAUUGCUUGGGGAAUCGGCGGUCUAUAACAACCCUUCCGUCAGCAUGUACAACGCACAAGAGCCCUACAGAGAGACAAAGGGGCUUCUGAACAAUGCCAGGGAUACAAGUGUCACGGAUACUCUACCACUGAAUGGUAAUCACGGCAACAGCUACAGCAUCGCCAGCGGCGAGUACCUGAGCAACUGCGUGCAAAUAAUUGACCGCGGGUACAACCACACCGAGAACGCCCUCGAGAAGAAGAUCCUGAAGGAACUCACCUCCAACUACAUCCCCUCCUACCUGAACAACCACGAGCGCUCCAGCGAGCAGAGCCGCAACCUGAUGAACAAGCUUGUCAACAGCGUCGGCGGCGAGGACGACGCCAUCGUGCUGGACGACGCCACCUCCUUCACCCACGAGGAGAGCCUGGGCCUGGAGCUCAUCCACGAGGAGUCGGACGCCCCGCUGCUGCCGCCCCGGGUGUACGCGGCGGAGAACCACCAGCCCCAUCUCUAUGCCCGGCGGCGCAUCCCGCAGGACAACAGCGAGAGCUUUUUCCCCUUGCUGACCAACGAGCACACGGACGACCUCCAGUCACCCAACAGGGAUUCUCUGUACACCAGCAUGCCCGCCCUGGCCGGCAUGCCCAUAACGGAGAGCGUCACCGCCAGCACCCAGACCGACCCGCCGGCGGCCAAAAGCGGUGAUGCCGACGACGUGUACUACAAAAGCAUGCCAAACUUGGGCUCCAGGAACCACGUCCAUCAGCUCCACACGUACUACCAGCUCGGGCGAGGCAGCAGCGACGGUUUUAUAGUGCCGCCAAACAAAGAUGGGACCCCCCCGGAUGGCCCUGUGAAAGGACCUGCUCACUUGGUCACUAGUCUAUAGAGGGCGAUGGGGAAAAAGGAAAAAAAAAAAAGAAGUGGCCGACAAAAAAAGCCCCUCGGCAGCGCUCGGGUGGCCGUUCUGCGUUGGGACGAGCAGCGGUAAUAGUGUGUGUGCUCCUCAGUCUUCACGCUGUUCCAAAACAAAUGAACCUCUCGGACUUUUUUUACUGGAAUUUUUAGGCCAGCCCGGAGAGAACAGGAACUGCUGAUACCCCCUGCCCAACCCCUCUUUUUUUUCCCCUUCCUCCCUUCAGACAGACUUCAUUAUGUUAAUGAAAGCGGUUUGACAGAUAAUGGCACACUUCGCGGCCUUCUCAAGUUAUGCUGUGUUUGUUUAAGAAAAAAAAAAAAAAAAAACCUUGAUGCUGUGUUGCUCUUAAUACCCAGGACCU